AACGCAAGCGUGGAAGAAGACGCGGCGAAGCAGUGUUAUUAUAAUUUUUACGCGAUUAUGAUAAAAUAUUCCAAUAUUAUGAACUAAUAAAGUGACUCCGAGUGUAUUUUUUGUGUUUUUGUGAGUGUUUUAUGAGUUACAAUUUUUGGAUUACAAACGGCAACAUAACUUGUAAUAAGUGUUGGCUUCGUGCAUUAUGAACCUAGAGGACAAACCUUUGUGCAACAUCGAACCAACAUGACUCAAAGGGAUGAAGUACAGAAGUUCGAACAGGGCCGAAUACGUGUCCUGCAGGAGGAACGUCUGUACAUACAGAAGAAAACGUUCACCAAAUGGAUGAACUCCUUUCUUCAAAAGGUUCGGAUGGAGGUCGACGAUUUGUUUGAAGAUUUAGCAGACGGCAAGAAAUUAUUAAAACUUUUAGAAAUAAUAUCCGGUGAAAAACUGGCAAAACCAAACAAUGGGAAAAUGCGGGUACACAAAAUCGAAAACGUCAAUAAAAGUUUGGCGUUUUUGCAUACAAAAGUUCGGUUAGAAAGUAUAGGGGCCGAAGAUAUCGUCGAUGGCAAUCCUCGACUUAUCUUGGGUUUAAUUUGGACCAUCAUUUUAAGGUUUCAAAUACAGGAAAUUGAAAUUGACGUGGACGAGGAAAAUGAAAGUUCUGAAAAGAAAUCAGCCAAAGACGCUCUUCUUCUAUGGGCACAACGUAAAACACAAGGGUAUAAAGGUGUUGAUAUUAGAGAUUUUUCAACAUCGUGGCGAACUGGUCUUGGAUUCAAUGCUUUAAUACAUGCCCACAGACCAGAUUUAUUUAUUUAUGACGAUUUAGUACAUAACCGAAACAUUGAUAAUUUAAAUCAUGCAUUUGACGUAGCUAACAAUGAAUUAGGAAUUCCCCGACUUUUAGAUGCCGAAGAUAUCGAUAAUUCGAGACCAGAUGAGAAAAGUAUCAUGACUUAUGUCGCCUCAUAUUAUCAUACUUUUGCUCGAAUGAAGAAUGAAGAAAAGUCAGGACGACGAAUCGCCAAGAUAAUUAAACAAAUGGUUGACGCCGAUAAAAUGAAAGUGAAUUAUGACGAACUAACCACAGAUUUAUUAGAUUGGAUAAAAAUUAAAAUUGUAGAAUUGGAAGAUCGCAAUUUUCCGAAUUCACUAGAAGGUAUCCAAACGCUUCUUUUAGCUUUUGCUCGCUACAGAACGAAGGAAAAACCUCCGAAAUACAUCGAACGGAGCGAGAUUGAAGCCUUAUUCUUUAACAUCAACACCCAAUUAAAAGAAUUGAGACAACCGGCUUUUGUUCCACCUGAUGGUAAACUCGUGCAAGACAUAGAACGAGCUUGGGAGACUCUUGAAAGGGCCGAACAUAACCGUGAAGUAGCCCUCCGUAACGAAUUGCUCCGACAAGAGCGUCUCGAACAACUCUAUUACAAAUUUGAACGUAAAAGUGUCCUCCGAGAAGGUUACGUUAAAGAAAUGAUCCAAGUCUUAUCCGACCCUCGAUACGGUUCUAACCGAGACCAAGUUGAUGCUACUGUUAAAAAACAUGAAGCUAUCAGUGCUGAUAUUCUAGCGAGACAAGAACGUGUCAAUGAUUUGACUCAAAUGUGCAAUGAAUUGGUGAGAGAAAAAUACAGAAAUUCCGAUCGAGUUGUUAAGAGAGAGGCUGAAAUUUUAAACCAAUGGAAAAAGUUGUUGGACUUGUUGGAAAAACACAAAUUGAAAUUGAGUCGUAUGGUGAAUAUCAAAUCUUUAGAAAUGGAAAUUGAUACAACUUUGAAUAGUAUGCAACAAUUGAAAGCCGAUUUGUCAACCACUGACACUGGAAUACAUCUAAUGGCCGUUGAGGAACUGUUGCAUAAACAUGCGCUCCAAGAACUUCAAGUGACUUCUUUGGGUGAAACGGAACGGAGACUUACUCGACUAGCUGAGAAUACAUUGGCUCAAAAUCCACAAGAAGAAAAACUAAAGAAGAAAAUCGGGGAGCUUUCUGAAACUUACAAAGACUUACAGGAUGCUAGUGAUAAAAGGAAGGGUCUCCUCGAAGAAGCAAGAAAUUUCUACCAAUUCCUCCAAGACCAAGAGGACGAAGAGUCCUGGUUGAUUGAAAAACAGCGUAUUUGUCAAGCUGGUAUUACAGCUAAAGACCUUCGUGGCUUAUUAUCUUUACAACAAAAACACAAAGUCCUCAUGGACGAAAUUAAAGCACGUAGAAACAAAUUUGACCAAUUAGGAGCAACUGGAAAACAACUAAUCGCAGAAAAACAUCCUAGGUCUAAUGAAAUUCAACAACACAUGGAUCGUAAUAAGCAGGCUUGGAGUGAUUUAGAAAAACUAGUCAAUGAUAGAACGAAACAAUUGCAAGACGCUGCUGAAGCUUACCAGUUUUACGCCGAUGCGAACGAAGCUGAUUCGUGGUUAAAUGAAAAAACCUCGAUUUUGAAUUCAAGUGAUUACGGAAGUGACGAACCGAGUGCCCAAGCACUUCUCCAAAGACAUAAGGAUUUGGAAGGGGAGUUGAAUGCUUACAAAGGGGAUAUUUUGAGUCUGAAUACGCAAGCUGAUCGGUUGAUUGCAUCGGGUAUUUCUAAUCUUGAUUUGACAGCUGAAGUAGAAGUAGCAGAGCCAGUCGAAGAAAUCGUAUACGAAAAUAGAAUGAUUCCUACUGAAGUUUGGGUUGAAGAACCCGUGGAAAAAGUCGAGUACAAAAUGGUCGUUGAAGAGAAAAAAGUGCCUCAAGUGAAGGCAUUGUAUCCAUUCAAUGAUCACGGCUUAAACAUGGUUAAAGGAGAAGUAAUGUAUUUAUUAAAUAAGAGCAACCCUGAUUGGUGGUGUGUACGAAAAGCUGACGGUACGGACGGUUUCGCUCCGGCUAAAUACGUAACGGAGAUUGAACCUAGGUUAUUGCAAAUGCAAUACAGAAAACCUGAAACUGUCAAAGUCAUGCAAAAAGUUAAAAAGACGAAAAUGGUCAAUCAAAAAGUCCCGGUCAAGGUUUUUAGACAAAGGAAACCCGCAAAAAGAAAAGUUGACGAUAAUGAUAGUGUCCCUAAAAGACAAAAAAAAAUCAACGAUACGUAUCAACACCUCCUGGAUGUUGCAGCUAAAAGACACGCUCUUUUAGAAGACGCUGUCAAGCUAUUUCGCUUUUACAAAGAAUGUGACGAUUUCGAAAAGUGGAUUAAAGAUAAAGAAAAGCUGCUCUCCGUUGAUGAUCCUAAUGACAGUAUCGAACAAGCAAAACGCAAAUAUGAGAAAUUUGUGACUGAUUUGUCUGCCAACAACAAACGUAUGGACGAAUUAAAUGACGAUGUCAAAGAAUUCGAGAAGCAGAAACAUUCCCAAAUUGACAAGAUCAAGUCACGACACCGCCAAGUUCAAGGCGCUUGGCAACGUCUCAACUUGCUCAAAGCUCGAAAAGAGAAGAGUCUCGAAGGGGCUAGUAGUGUUGAACUUUUCCAGAAAACUUGUGACGAAGCGAGAGAUUGGAUGUUGGAGAAAAUGACUCAGCUUGAUACUCACGUUUCGGCUCACGAUUUGAAAACCGUUCAAGCUUUACAGCGACGACAUGAUAAUCUAGAACGUGAACUUGCGCCCGUUGAGGAAAAAGUGUCCAAAGUUAUGCAUUUGGCAAAUUCGGUCAAAUCAGCGUAUCCCAAUGAGAGACAAAAUGUGGCACGAAGACAAGACGAAAUUGAGGGUUUGUGGCGGCAGGUCAAAGAAAAAGCCAGUGAGCGUAGAGCCAGACUUGAGAAUGCCGUUGGUGAACAAAUAUUUACCAAUUCGUGCAAAGACCUUCUGCGAUGGGUCGCUGAUGUUAAAGAUCAAUUGAAUGCUGAUAACAUGGUUAGGGACGUGCAAACUGCGGAAGCGUUACUGAAAAAUCAUAAGGAUUUAGGGGAGGAAAUCAAAACGAAAAAUGACGAAUUUAACGAGUUGACUGAUUUGGGUAAAAAACUCUUGAAAUCUAAUCCCGAUCUUCCAGAAGUGGCUGAACGGAUCGAAAGAUUGACAGCGGAACAAGCAGCAAUAGGUCGUGGUUGGAAGGAAAAACAACGUUGGUUGGACCAAUGCCACCAAUUACAACUUUUCAACAGAGAGGCCGAUAAUAUCGACGCUGCUACUUCGGCCCAUCAAGCAUUUUUAGAAUUUUCUGAUUUAGGAAAUUCUCUUGAUGAAGUAGAAGCAUUGCAAAAGCAGCACAAAGCUUUUGCUAACACUUUAUUCGCUCAAGACGAACGCGUGAAUCUUUUCAGCAAAAAAGCCGACGCUUUAAUUGCCGAUGAUCAUUAUGAAAGUAAAGGAAUCGACGAUAAACGCAAUGAAGUUCUUCAGAGACGCCAAGCCGUUAAAGAUUUGUGCCAACAAAGAACGAACGUUUUAGAUGCGUCUAAAAAUUACCAAGAGUUUUGUGCCGAAGUGCACGAUUUGCGCAGUUGGUUGAACGAAAAACUCAAAACUGCGUCUGAUGAGAGUUACCGAGACCUAACUAAUCUGGAGCGAAAAUUGCAAAAACACGAAGCUUUUGAGCGAGAAUUGAGAGCAAACGAAGGACAACUUCGCACAGUGAAUAAGUUGGGCCAAGCUUUAAUUGCUCAAGAUAGUUAUAGGAAGGAUGACGUUGCAAAAACUUUGAAAGAACUAAAUGAUGAGUGGCAACAACUCGUCGUACUUUCCCUUGAAAAAGGAAGAAGGUUGAGACAAGCCGUCGUCCAGCAUGACUAUAACAGUUCGAUUGAUGACAUUCAAACCAAAUUGGAUGAAAUUAAUGAGAAUUUGUGUAGCACUAAUGUCGGUACCGAUUUGAGGUCUUGUCGCGAUUUAUUGAAACGUCAGGAUGUUCUCGAGAAUGAACUUGCCCAGUGUGCUGCCAGAGUCGAUGAAUUAGCCAAUAGAAGUAACGAUAUGAUGCAUGAAGGUCACUUCGAUGCCGAUGCAAUCCGUCAAAAAGCCCUCGACGGUCAAAAACGUCUCAAACAAUUAGAAGAACCGACGAAAAAGCGACGUGAGGUCUUAGAAGAGGCUUUAAAAUUCUACAAUUUCCAUUUCGAACUCGACGCUGAGUUGCAAUGGAUCAAAGAACACCUCCCUCUUGCAUCAUCAGCCACUCUAGGCCAAAAUCUACACCAAGCCCAAAAUCUCUUUAAAAAACAUAAAAAACUCGAAGCUGAAAUUGCCGGUCAUCAACCUGCCAUUGAUAAGACUUUGCAGUCCGGUCAAACCCUAGUAGACAUGAAACAUCCCGAAAGUGCCAAAAUUAAAGACUUGUGUGGAGUGCUUCAAGACUCGUGGGAUGAAUUAAACACAAAAGCUAACGAACGUGCACAAAAACUAGAAUUGUCGCUGAAAGCUCAACAGUUCUUCUUUGAAGCGAACGAAGUUGAAUCGUGGUUGAACGAAAAAGCUGAUAUUUUGGUGAGCACCGACUAUGGCAGAGAUAGAGAUUCAGCUACGAAAUUAUUAACCAAACAUAAAGCACUUGAACUUGAGUUGGACACUUAUAACAACAUUAUAGUCGAGAUGGGACGUGGUGCCCAAAAUUUGAUACAAAAUAAGCACCCAGAUUCGAAAUUAAUAGCGGAAAGACAGUCCAGUUUGGAACAUUUAGUUCGGUCUUUGCAAAGAAAAGCAGUACUGAGACAACACCACCUUAUGGAAUCGCUGUUUCGGCACGAAUACUUUUUAGAGUCGGAAGAAUUGGAUCGGUGGAUUGCUGAAAACCUGCAACAAGCAUCCUCUGAAGAUUAUGGACAAGAUUAUGAACACCUUCUCAUACUUCAAGCCAAGUUUGACGAUUUGAAACACCGAAUCGAAGCAGGAGCUGAACGAUUCCGCCAAUGCGAAGACUUGGCUCAGAAACUAAUAGCCAACGAAAGCUCUUAUAUUUCAGACAUACAAAAGAAACAACUCCAACUCGAAACUCUAACACAAUCAGAUGCCGUCGAGGAAGUUAGACAGAGGCAUGAAGAAGUGCGGAAAUCGUGGGAGAAACUGCACGACCAGAUGCAAAACCGCGAGCAGCGCCUUCUCGCGGCCGGGGAAAUCCACCGUUUUCAUCGCGACGUCGCCGACGCCUUGCAAAGGAUCCAAGAAAAGAGUGCUGCGUUAGGUACCGACUUAGGACGUGACUUAAACUCAGCUUUAACCCUACUUAGAAAGCAUGAAGCUUUCGAAAACGAAUUGGUGGCAUUGGAAGCUCAAUUACAAGUUCUGGUCGAAGAUGCGUCUAAAUUACAAAAAAUCUAUCCCAGUAAUCAGACUAACAUUCAACAUCAACAACAGUUAGUCGUCGAUGCUUGGGAUGGUUUGAAAGAACGAGCAGAGUUGAGACACGACCAACUCCAGGCUAGUGUUGAUUUACAAAAAUUCCUAACUCAAGUGAGAAAUUUAACAAAUUGGGCGACAGCGUUGCGAUUAGAUAUGCAAGCUGAAGAAAAUGUUAGGAGUAUCGCAAGGGCACAAUUUUUACGUAAUGAACAUGAAGGUUUGAAGAAUGAAAUUGAGGCGAGAGAAGCCGAUUUUGAAGAUGUGGCUGAGAAUUUAACUGCAAUGGAACAAACAGGACAUUAUGCAGCAACUGAAGCGGGAGAAAGAUACAAAAAUUUGCUCCAAGAAAGAGAAAAACUUCACGCUGACUGGCAGAUAAAGAAAGUACAUUUGGAUCAAUUAUGUGAUUUGCAUAUGUUACUAAGAGAAGCAAAACUAAUUGAAGAUGCCACAAAUGCGCAAGAAGCUACUUUAAGUAAUCUAGAUUUUGGCGAAACUGUUGAUGAAGUUGCUAAUCAAGUCAAGAAACAUGAAGAAUUUGAAAAACUAAUUGUUCAUCAAGACGAAAAAUUUGACACUCUUGUUAAAACAGGACAAAAAUUAAUAAGUCAACAACAUUUCGACAGUAAAAACAUUGCUAAACGUCUCCAAGAAGUCGAAGCUAGGAGACAACAAGUCCAUCAAUUGAGUGCUCGCAAAAAACAACUUCUCGGCGAUGCUCUUUUGUAUGCGGAAUUCAAUAGAGACGUGGGAGAAGCUCAGACAUGGAUAGCUGAAAAACAAAAGAAAUUAGAAAAACAAGUGAAGACCGGUGAAGUGACCAAUUUGGACGACAAAAUCAAGGAAUUGCAAAAACACCAAGCAUUCCAAGCUGAAAUUGCCGCGAAUGAAGGCAAAAUCAGAGAGGUCAAGUCUAAGGGAGAGACACUUUUAAGGAAGAAACACAAAGCUUCGAAAGAUAUAGAAGUGCAAUUGAGAAACUUGGAUGAUGCUUGGAGACAGCUUUUGCGCGAAGUAGACUCACGUGGUAAAGGCCUUGAAGAGGCGCAAGAUAUUUUAGAAUUCAACAAUCAAUUGGACAAAAUCGAAUCUUGGAUCAGAGACAAAGAAGUGAUGAUUCAAGCUGGUGAUGUGGGCAAAGAUUACGAACAUUGUCAAGCCUUGCAGAGAAAACUCGACGAUGUUGAUAGCGACAUGCGCAUCGACGAUACCCGAAUCAAAACCAUCAAUUCCUUGGCUAACAAAUUGGCAAAACAGGGGCAUCCCGGAGUCCAACAAAGACGCGACAAUUUCAUCAAAAAAUGGCAAGAUUUGCAAGGAGCUUUGGCCAAAUAUCGCAAUAAAUUAGCAGCAGCUUCCGAGGUUCAUUUGUUUGAUCGUGACGUUGCUGAUACUGCUGAAAGAAUCACUGAAAAACGUCUCGCGAUGGAAACUGACGACGUUGGACGGAGUUUACCUGCUGUUGAACUGCUUUCACGCAAACAGGAAGCACUGGAAAGUGAAAUGACUGCUGUUGAAAAUAAACUUCAGGAUCAUGGAAAAGAUGCUAUUUUAUUGAGCGAUAAGUACCCACACGCAGCUCAACAUCUGCAGGGUAAAAUGGAAGAGCUGCAAGAUGAAUGGGAGAAGUUGAUAACAGCGAGAGAACGUCGCAGAAAUAAUCUUAAGGGGUCGCAUGCGAGACAAAAAUUCUUAUCAGACGUUAAAGAUUUAGAACAAUGGGUUAGUGACACAAUUAAACGCAUGGAAGCACACCAAUCACCAAGUAGUGUCAACGAGGCUGAGACACUUUUAGGUUUACAUGAUGAACUUAAAGCCGAAAUCAAUGGACGUAACGAAGUUUUUGCAAAAUUAAUCAAUUUUGGACGUAGUUUUUCCGAAAGCGAAGACUCGGAUAUAAUUGAAGGAGUGAAUAAAUUGGAGGAACUUCAGAGUUACAUCCAGCAAGCUUGGGAGCAACAUAAAGAAGCAUUAACUUACGAAUACGACCUCCAAGACUUCAAAGAACAAGCCAACCAACUUAAUAAUUGGUUAUCUGAUAAAGAAGCUUUCUUGAAUAAUGACGACGUCGGUGAUACACCUCGAGCAGUUGAAGCUCUUAUUAGAAAACACGAAGAUUUUGAAACUAUGCUGACACAACCUUUGUCACGUAUCGAUGAAUUAUCACGGAAAAAAGUAGGAGGUAAAACACCAACAGAUCCAUCUUACGCAAACAGCGAAGUUGCAACAAAAUUAAAUGAGAUAAUGGCUCGUAAAAAUCGACUUUUGGAUAAAGCAGCAGAGCGCAAAAAAAUCUUAUACGAAUCAAAAGCGUUGCAGAAAUUCCUUAAAAAUGAAUACGACGUUGAGGUUUGGUUGAACCACAAGCUUCAAAUUGCAACCGACGAAAAUUAUCGCGAACCAUAUAACUUACAGAACAAAAUUCAGAAACACGUUACUUUCGAAGCUGAAGUUUUUGCUAAUCAUGAACGUGUUACCAACGUAAUUGAAGAGGGACGAGACUUGAUUGAAACUAAACACUACGCUAGUAAAGAUAUUGCAGAACGAAUUGAAGAAUUAGAAAAUCGGUGGAAGGAAUUGAUUGAACAGUCGCAUCUGAAACGUGACAGAUUGAAUGAAGCUUACCAAGCAUUACUUUUCAACCGAUCUCUUGAUGAAUUCGAAGCUUGGUUGCUCGAAGUCGAAGCUCAGUUGAUUUCCACAGAUGUCGGGAAAGAUUUAGCAACUGUUAAUAAUCUCCUGAAAAAACACACAAUUCUUGAAAAUGACAUUCAACAACAUACUGAUAAUUGUGAGACCAUCAACGACGCGGCCGAUCAAUUCGUUAAAAACAAUCAUUUUAUGAGUGAAGAGAUUCAACAGAGGGCGCAAGACGCCAUCACUAGAUUCCAUCAACUCAAAGAACCUGUUCAACAGAAGAGAGAUUUAUUAGAGGGGUCGAUGAUGUUGCAACAAUUCACCCGAGAUGUAGAAGACGAAUUACAAUGGUUGGCCGAUAGAGAACCACUUGCUACGUCGAGAGAUUUAGGUGCAAGUUUGACAGCCGUUCAAAGCUUACACAAAAAACACCAAACACUGGAAGCUGAACUGUCAUCAAGAGAACCAAUCAUUGGGUCACUUGUAGGUCGUGCAACGUCUCUUGCGAGAUCAGGACAUAUUUCAGCACCACUUAUUAGUGAAAAAGCGAAAGAAUUGCAACAGAAAUUCGCAAAUAUUAGGGAUUUAGCCAGUAUUAGAAGAUUGAGAUUACAAGAUGCUCUAGAAGUUCAAACGUAUUAUGAAGAAGCAACAGAAGCUGAAGCGUGGAUGAGGGAUAAAUGGCCGAGUUUGGCAACAAGAGAAGUCGGAAAAGAUGAAGAUUCCGCUGAAUCUUUGAAACGUAAAUUGGAAGCUACCGAAUUAGAAAUAAAAGCAUUCGAAGUAACAAUUAAGAAAUUGGAACAAACUGCUAAUGAAUUGAUCGAGAGGCAACAUUACGAUGCUGUUAACAUCGAAAUGAGAAAGAAUCAACUGGACGAGCAAUUUAAAGAACUCCGAAAGCUGGUCUCUGAACGUGAAGUCCGUCUGGAUGAAGCCCUUCGCUAUUUUGCAUUUGUGCGUGAAUGUUUGGACGUCCAGGAAUGGAUGAAAGACCAAAUUCUUAAAACCGAUUCCGAAGAAUACGGAAACGAUGUCGAGCAUGUCGAAUUACUAAUUCAAGCUUUUGACACAUUCCAUGCAAGUUUAAUGAACAGCGAACCACGAAUCCAAUCUUGCAUCCAAAAUGGAAAACUCCUUAUUGAAGCUAAAAGUAGUCAUAGUCCGGAAGUCCAACAAAAAGUUACCGACGUUCGAGACCAAUGGGAUGACUUGCUCGAGCUUGCUAACGCGCGUAAAGACGCAUUAGCUGGGGCUAAACGAGUCCAUGUUUUCGAUCGCACAACUGAGGAAAUUAUUUCGUGGAUACAAGAAAAGAAAGCCGAUUUAUCGUACGACACUUUCGGACAAGACUUGGAGAGUAUCCAAGAUCUUCUCCGAAAGCACCAAGCAUUGGAAAAUGAAAUGAAAGUAAUUAGGGAAAAAGUGGAGAAUGUUGAACAGGAAGGUGAAAAACUUAUAAACGAGUUCCCCGAUACCAAAGACCAUAUUGAUGAUAAGUGUGAGGAUAUGUUGUCUGCGUGGGGGAGUCUUCAAACUGAAGCGGCUAGAAGAAAGGACCAUUUGCAACAAGCCGAACAACUUCAAGCUUAUUUCGACCAGUUCCAAGAUUUAUUGGCGUGGAUCACUGAAAUGGUGGCUAAAAUCACGGCGCCAGACCUUCCAAAUGAUUGUAACGAAGCCGAACUUUUGAUUGAACGUCACAAGGAGUACAAAGUUGAAAUUAGUGCAAAAUCAAAUGCUUUCAAACAAUUUUACGACUCCGGUAAUAAAUUCAUAGAAGAGGGUCAUUUAUUCACUAGUGAAAUCCAAGAUAAAAUCAAGGUGUUACGCCAGAGAUUGGAAUUCUUGAAUAAUACUUGGGAAAAACGAAAUUUGCUCUACAACCAAAAUUUGGAUGUUCUCUUAUUCAAACGCGAGGCAGAUAUUCUGGAUAAUUGGUUAGCUGUAAGAGAGGGUACCCUAAAAGAGGGCACCACAGGUGAUAGCAUCCACCACGUAGAAGACCUGAUCCGAAAACAUGGUGAUUUUGAAGAAGCAGUCAAAGCCCAAGAGGACAAAUUUGAAGCACUCAAUCGCAAAACUUUGAUCGAAGAUGCUUUCCUCCUGCAACGUGAACAAGAAGCUUUGGCAAAGAAAGUGGAGAAAGAACGCCAGGAACAGGAACGUUUGGAGCACUUGAAACGACUCGAGAUUCAAAAAAUUAAUGAAAAAAGACGACAAGAAAGACCACAACCGCCUGAAAUAGUCGAAGAACUUGUCAAUGGCACCAAACACGAGGAAGAAGGUCGUCCAGUUGCCACUGUUCGUAAAACAAAUUCUGUUGUUCAAACCUUUGAAAGAGAUCGUGUGGGGUUAAGGAGAGGAUCAGAUAGUGCGAUUCAGCGUUCGGCAAGUAUGAAAGUCGGUACAAAUGUUACGGGAAGUAAACCGAAGAGGACUCCCACUUUCACAACACGGAGGAAGCCAUCGUUCAGAUCUAAACCAACCGACACACCACCUGCCGAUGCGGAAUCAUUCCUCGAUCGCAAACAGUUAACGACAGCAAAUGGAAAACGGGCCACUAACAGGACUUGGAAGAAUUCAUACACGGUUUUGUGUGGACAGUUAUUGUGUUUCUUCAAAAACAGAGAUGAUUUCGCGGCUAGUAAAGCUAGUGGUCCACCUGUUAAUGUUCAUAAUGCGAUGUGUUCAGUAGCUGAUGAUUAUCAAAAGAAAAAACAUACGUUUAGACUUGUGCUUACCGAUGGUUCGGAAUUUUUAUUUGCGUGCAGUUCAGAAUCAGAAAUGGAUAAUUGGAUGCAAAAGAUUAAUUUUAGAGCUAGAUUACCUCCGAGUCAGCAGUUGCUGCAUCUGGAAAUUCCUAAGGAUCAAAAUGAUUACGAGAUGAGUUCACAAAGUAGCAGGACCUCUAGUCCGGACGUUGCCGAUCAAGUCGUCUUGAGGCACGAUCCUCAAUCCACCAAUGGAAGUUUGUCGAGUCUAGCAUCUUCUCGUCACACUAUGGGGGAAAGUCCACCACCUUUACCGAUGAGCGAACCGCCGAAUAAUUAUGCCGGUCAUCGUCAAUAUACCUUAGAAAACAGUGGAUCUAUUUAUGAUGGAAGCGGAGUGUCAUCAAAACAAGAUUGGCAACCUAACCUACAACGUCCAGCAACCAUGCAGCCUAAUGAUGCACCAAAGUCACGUCUGUUUGAAAGGAUUUUCAAAAAGAAACGGAACACUUCCCAAAUGUAAUCUACAUUACAUACAGUAAUAGUUAAGGAGCCUUUUAGUAUUAUGUCAUCAUAUUUUUGUUUAAUUCUUGUACAUAGUUUCGUAGUUAAAGGUAUGAACAUUAUACAUCCAUUAUACAAGGUGAUUUACGAGGAAUAAUGAGCCUAGCCAAAUUCUCGAUGCAACCACCAUUACUCUUCGCAAGUUAUUUUGCGACCACUGUAAUGUUGGUUGCAUCGAAAAUUUGGUCA